CUGAGUAGAAAAUACACGGUAUCUAUCAAAAUUGAAAUAUAAGACAUAUGCAGCUCAUUGGUUUUUUAGUCAACAGACCCCCGCCCUACGUGGAACCUAAAAGGGAAACAAUUAUAAUAAUUGGAAGAUAACUCGUACACAAUUGAUUUUAUUAACAUACAAGAGUUUUCUCUCUUAAAUAAUUCGCAACUGCGUCUAAAAAUCUGCAUGUAGUUUUGAAUGUUUUGCGUCUUGAGCAUGCGCAUCAUCCAUUUUCACUAUCGGCCAAUAUGGCGCCCAAUAAUACAAAAGUUUUUGUGUUUUGAUUACAAUUGUGAAAAAAAGAACAAUAAGUACGCCGUGUUUGACAUCGAUUUGAUAAUAUACGAAACAACUAUGCCCCGGAGACGUACAGAGAAACGUGCAUCGACCGAGAAGUAAAUCCUCGCAGACAAACUGGCCAGAUUGACCUCCCUGUAUAGAAAAGCCAAGAAUAUCAAAUGGCUGAAGUAAGAAGAUUUGGUGGCAAAACUUAUGGCAAAUCUCCAAAUGAAGAUUCUGCUGCGAGCAAAGCGUUUGAUGAAGUCUUUGCAAAACCCAAGCAAGCCAAAUGGGGCAAUGUGUCUUAUGUAAAGCAAAGAGAUGAUGGCAAGAAUUCUGAAAAAGAACAGCUGCAAGAAGAGGAUAAAGAUCCAUUCAGUUUUGAGACAGAUACUGAUAGAUCUCCCAAAAAAAGACAGCCCAAACCCUCUCGUACAGUUGUAUUACAGCCAGCUGUUCGGAUGACACCUCCACUGACCAAGUCACCUGGAAAACCAUCUUCUGUUAAGUCAGAACUUGAUGACAACGUUGAUGAUGAAUUUACUGUUAAAAAGGUAAAUGUCCAAACAUACUCAAAGUCAUCUGGAAGGAAAAUUAGGACAGAAUCACCAGAUGUUACUGUCGUAAAAGAUGAGAAGAUAUCAAAGCGAGAAAAAGACUCCACUCUAGUGGUUCCUAAAAACACAGAAUCUGUGGAUCUAGAUGAUGCAGAUGAAGGACUGUACAUCGAACCUGAUGAUGGAUCUUCGAAUGCCAGUGAAAUACCUGCAGAGUGCAUUAUUACUAAAGUUGAAGAAAACAUAUUCAAUAGGCCUAGAAAAUAUACUAGUCAGAAUGUUACUAACAAAGAUGGUGAUGAGGUUAUGGUGCGAUUCCGUAGCCAAUAUCUUAAUCCUGAAGUUUAUUCAAAAUUCACUGAAAACAUUCAACCCAAGGACCCAGUAGGUAGUCUUUCAAAUAGUAAAGUUGUGCAUAAGAAUGUGCUGAAACAUGAUUCAGGGACCACAUUAAUUGUUGUGUGUUCUCCAAAAGUUGCUGAUUCAGAAAUAAAGCAGUCAAACACUCAAUCAAAGUAUUUUAAGAAUAAUGUUAAAGAUCUCGCAAAAUCCAAAAACAAGCCAGUUGAAAAGCUAACUAAAAAUAAGAGGGGUAGCAAGACACCAGAUAAAGAUCCUUUUGAAAUGGAUGAAGAUACAAAGGAAACCACAAAUUCCAAAGAUAACAGUUCUGUAAAAGAAGAAUCAGAAUCUCCCAUUCCAAGUUCAUCUGACAUUGAAAAGAGUUCACAAGAAACCUACACAACUCGUAGUGGCAGGGUUAAAAAGCAUGUCCACUAUGAAGAGCCAAAAGAAGAGCCAAUCGAUGUUGACGACAUUGUUACAAAGGUCAAAACUGCACCUCCUCGGAAAUAUCAUAAAAUAUUUCGUUCUCGGAACAAGGGUUACAUGGACCCAAAUGCAGAGCCUGAGACCCCUUCUCCACCUAUUAAGGCCCCUGAUAUACCUAAAGCUGUUAUGCCGAAAACUCAAAAGAAAGGAAAGGCUCCUGCUGUUAAUCAGCCAAACUCUAUCGAAAGUCCAAAAUCGAAUGGAGAAUUGCCUGCUGAAGCUUUCAAAAAUGAAGUGCUAGAGACAGAAACAGCUAUGGAAGUAGAGACACCACAACCUAGCAGCCAGGAGACAGAUGAGGCUGUCAUUAAAUCAGAAGAGGUGACUGAAAGCGACAUAGACAGCUCUCAAACAACCAGUGUUGCCGAUAGCCAGGAGACAGAGGCAGAAAUCUCCUCUCAGGAAUUCACGGAACCACAGCCCAAGAAAGCAAGGAUGGUAAAGACACCGCCAGCAGAACGAAAAAUAUUCAGGGCCAGAGGAACCAAAAGUGAAAGUGCUGGUGCUCAGAAAAAGAUCUUUUCAAGUCCUAAAAAGGCAGCAGCUGUGUACAAUGUGAGAUCAUGGCAGGAUAAUGAAGAGGGCAUGGCUAUGCCUGACAUUUCAGAUGCGAGUGUGGGCAUGACAGACAUGUCACCCCCUGCACCACCAGAACCACCCAAGUUAAAGCCUGCUGUGAAGAAGGCCGUCAGUCUUCCUGCGCGAGUGAGUCAGCCAGAGAUGCCAAGACUGACCCGGGCUGUGCACUGGCAGAAACAUGAUGAUGAUGAUGCUUACACAUCUGUACACGUCAGCAAGGAGCAUAAGGAUCUUUUCACAGUGGUUAAGAACGUGAAGGAAGCCCAUGAGUGCCAGGAGCACGGAGAGACCCAGGAGUUUGAUGAUGACAUUGAGUACCUCCUGGCCGGUAUUGAGUCCAUCGAACCAAUGUCCACUAGGUGCCUUAGUUGUGUGGGUCUGGCCCAGAAGUGCACCAUUCCAGCAUUCCGGAUGCACCUGAGGGCCCACGGCACUGUCACCAAGAUAUUUGGAUGCCUGCAAGACGCUGCUAGUGACCCUAGUCUAGCACUGUGCACCUCAGCACUGAUGUUUAUGUUGAGCCGUGACCGGCUGAACAUGGACCUGGACCAGGAGAGCCUGAACCUGAUGCUGCGGCUGUUGGGGGUGGACCAGCAAGAGGACAUGGCAACCACGCUCAGCUCCACCGCCGAGAGGGCGCUCAAGCGGAACAAGGACCGUGUGCUGGAGGUCUACAAGGAGUUCCUGCAGCAGUCUGGAACCAAGCAGGAACUGGAUAUUGAGUGUUUAUCAACGGGCAAUCUGGCAAUGGAGUCGUUGUUGAGCCUCACAUCUCGUCGGGCUGGUGAGUGGUUCAAGGAGGAACUAAGGACACUGGGAGCCCUCGACCACAUUGUGGAUACAGUGUGUUCAUGUAUAGAAGCCAUUGGUGUGAAUGUGAGUGUUCUGACCAACAGCAAUAUUGAAAAUCUGAAGAAGGUGGAUAGAUGUCUCAGGGUCAUGGAAAAUGUGACGUACAUGAAUGCUGAUAACCAGAAUUAUUUGAUAGCCUACAAAGACUCUGUGUUAAUUCCAUCACUUGUCAGGUCGCUGGGUGCAAGCCGUGUGUGCCUGGCCAUCUACCCACUGGUGGAGGACCCACAGAGCCACAAAGUGGACAAGGAGUCCUUCGGCUGGGUCAUCUACAGCUGCAUACUGGCCGUGCUCAGGGUCCUGCUUAACCUCACACACGAUAAUGACACAGGUUGUACAAAGAUUGGAGAACAGAGCUCUGCCAUUGAGACGGUUCUGCUCUGCAUCCUGACCUUACCACAGCACAUACCAGUGGACCUGAGAUUUGACCUUUAUGUGCUGGCGCUUGGUUUGCUUAUCAACCUGGUGGAGCACAGUGAUGGUAACAGGGUGGCCUUGCUCACAAUGAAGACUCAGUGCAUGUACGAGCAGGACUCGAACUCAGACUCACAGAUGCUGGCCUAUCUUUCACUGGUUGAGGUGUUCAAGAAGCGGGAGGAAGCUGCCCAGAACCUUGAGGAGGCUGACGAGCCCAAGACGCCUGAGACCUCGCCAAACAAGAGCGGGGAGUGGCGGGAGUCAGACUCCGGCAUGGAGUGGAUCGUUGACUCGGCCAAGAAGAGCUCAGCUCGUAAGCCGGGACGACCUGGAGACGACAAUAAGGAAAAGGAUCUAGAAGAUGAGGAAACAUUUACUAAAGCCCUUCACAAGGCAGGCAAGCACAUGGAGAACAGUAUUGUAGCAGCGUAUGUAGCCCUGCUAGUGGGCUGCCUCAUUCAGGAUAAUCAGGAAUGCAAGGACACGAUCAAAAGUCGCCUUCCUGAUAACAAAUUUGACGGAAUGAUCUUCAUGUUGAAAAAAUUCCUUGGGUUCAUGAACCUGACAAGUGGAACUGAGUCCGCUGGAGGCAAAUCCAUACAGCGUGUGAUAGAGAUCCUUGAAACAUAACCCAAUCAUGUGACACUGUAUGGUAGUGAUCGUUUGGAACUAGUAUAAUCUGAACAAUUAGUUUUGCUAAAAAUGUGGAACUUUGCGGUUGGGAGCUUUCUUUGAUUCUGUAUAUUGAACUCCAGUGCUUGCAGUGAGAACCAGGGUCCAAUGCUUGCAUGCUGGUUACACAUUGAUACAGCAAAAAAUGACAAACAACACACAAAAUGGUGGUCAUUUUUCUGAACUCUGUGUUAGAAAUAAACUACGGCACAUACAGUGAAUCUAGAACUAUAGUAAAACUGAAUAUUUGUCAUGUGUAUAUAAUUGAUUGUUAGUAGCUGAAUACAAUUAAAGACACUGAUUGUAAAA